AGUGGAAAAAGUGUUCCUUAAGUCAUUAUUUGUCCUUGAGCGUAAUAGGGAUUUCCAAAAUCGGAAGCCUGAGCUCACUGUUGCAUACUUUUACUUGCUGGGCUCAGGAUACAAUGGCAUUGGCAGAUAAUUGACUUAGCCAGAGCAUUUUGCCUUGGAUGAUUAUAGAUUGUUGUAUCUGAAGUUCCUGUUCAGAAAAUUGCAGCCUGAAUUGUAGGAUGGUUGAGUCUGCUGCACCAGAUGAAGCCACCAUGGUGGAAGUCAAAUUAAGUGAUGAUGUGGCUAUACAUCCAGGAGAAAAGCUCGGACAACUGGAACAGAAGAGUUACGAGAACUUGGUAAAAAAAAAGAAAUCUCUUCGAGCCCGUUAUGCUUAUGGCAUGGUUUUCUUGAUAAUAAAUCUUACAGCUUGGUUCUUUCGUGACUAUGGAGAAAAGAUUCUCCCUUUACUUCACUAUUCAAAAGCAUGUAGAGUUGGACAAACUGGUUGCUUUCACUCGCUCGGUGUUCUUCGUGUCAGUUUAGGAUGCUUUAUAUUCUUUUUCGGAAUGUUUCUUACAACAUGUAACACGAAGAAGUUGCAUCAAGCCCGCAACCAAUGGCAUUCUGGAUGGUGGGCUCUGAAGUUUGUUAUACUGAUUAUCUCCUUGGUGAUUCCAUUCUUUGUCCCGUCCGAUUAUAUUCAAGUUUAUGGUGAAAUUGCUCGCAUUGGCGCGGGGAUAUUUCUUCUUCUCCAACUUGUAAGUGUUAUUGAGUUCAUCACGUGGUGGAAUGACUACUGGAUGCCUGAUGAGAAAAAGAAACAUAGCUGCUCUCUGGGAAUAUGCAUGUCAACCUUAUUCUACAUUGGUUCAGUUUGCGGGAUUGUUUUGAUGUUUGUGCUCUAUGCCUCUAAGGCAUCCUGCACUCUCAACAUAUUCUUCAUCUCCUGGACAGGAAUUUUGCUAGCCGUAAUGAUGUUUAUAUCCUUGCAUUCUAAGGUGAAUAGAGGUCUUUUGUCUUCAGGGAUUAUGGCUUCUUAUAUUGUUUUCCUUUGUUGGAGUGCUAUCAGAAGUGAACCAGCUACUGCUAAAUGUAGCCCUCAGACCCAAGAUAGCGGACAUGGAGGUUGGACAACUGUAAUUGGCUUUUUUAUAGCUGUUUGUGCAAUUGUCAUGGCAACUUUUUCCACUGGAAUUGAUUCACAAACCUUUCAGUUUCGUAAAGACGACAUUCAAUCGGAGGAUGAUAUCCCAUAUAAGUAUGGCUUUUUCCACUUGGUGUUCUCCCUGGGGGCCAUGUACUUUGCAAUGCUAUUCAUCAGUUGGAAUCUAGAUAGCUUGACAAAAAGAUGGUGCAUUGAUGUUGGCUGGGCUAGUACAUGGGUGAAGAUCAUCAAUGAAUGGUUUGCAGCCACAAUAUACUGUUUCCAACAGGAGGAAUGACAGAUUUGCAUGCCACCAUAAAAUUGAAAUUCAGCAGAGUCUAGAUUUUGGAGAUAAGUAAUAUAAGCCUUGUCAUGCUAGGCAAUUCUUGCUAUUUCUGAUAGUGUUUACAUUUUUCAUUGCAGUGUGGAAAUUGAUUUCCCCCGUAGUAAGACAGAACAAAGUUAUGCACCAUGAAGAGCCUAUGCGGGGAGUAUAAAAUCUAGCUUCAGGAUUUUGGAUUUUGUUCUUCCACGAAUGUAUAAAUCUAGCACAAGUUCUUUUUUUUGGCAGAUUUGUAUCUCUAUUUUUUCUUCAUUUGUUGUGGCAAUCAAAUUGUGUGUCAGAGUACAAAAUAAAGAUAACCCCUGAAAAACAA